AUGUCUGGGAGAGGCAAAGGAGGCAAAGGCCUGGGAAAAGGCGGGGCGAAGCGGCACCGCAAAGUGCUCCGUGAUAACAUCCAGGGCAUCACGAAACCAGCCAUCCGGCGCCUGGCUCGCCGUGGCGGGGUCAAGCGCAUCUCGGGCUUGAUCUACGAGGAGACCCGCGGGGUGCUGAAGGUUUUCCUGGAGAAUGUGAUCAGGGAUGCGGUGACCUACACUGAGCACGCCAAGCGCAAGACGGUCACUGCCAUGGACGUGGUGUACGCUCUGAAACGCCAGGGCCGCACUCUCUAUGGAUUCGGCGAGAGAAUGGCCAGAACCAAGCAGACAGCGCGCAAAUCCACCGGAGGGAAAGCUCCCCGCAAGCAGCUGGCGACCAAAGCGGCCCGCAAGAGCGCUCCGGCCACGGGCGGAGUGAAGAAGCCUCAUCGCUACAGGCCCGGCACGGUGGCUCUGCGGGAGAUCCGCCGCUACCAGAAAUCCACCGAGCUGCUGAUCCGCAAACUGCCGUUCCAGCGCCUGGUACGGGAGAUCGCUCAGGACUUCAAGACCGACCUGCGCUUCCAGAGCUCGGCCGUGAUGGCCCUGCAGGAGGCCAGCGAGGCUUACCUGGCGGGGCUGUUUGAGGACACCAACCUGUCUAUCAUUGUCGUGAUGUCUGGGAGAGGCAAAGGAGGCAAAGGCCUGGGAAAAGGCGGGGCGAAGCGGCACCGCAAAGUGCUCCGUGAUAACAUCCAGGGCAUCACGAAACCAGCCAUCCGGCGCCUGGCUCGCCGUGGCGGGGUCAAGCGCAUCUCGGGCUUGAUCUACGAGGAGACCCGCGGGGUGCUGAAGGUUUUCCUGGAGAAUGUGAUCAGGGAUGCGGUGACCUACACUGAGCACGCCAAGCGCAAGACGGUCACUGCCAUGGACGUGGUGUACGCUCUGAAACGCCAGGGCCGCACUCUCUAUGGAUUCGGCGGCUGA